CACUGAUGAUGGGGUAUCACAGAUGAAGGAGGAAGGGAGUAGAACUCAGUAUACACCUCAGGUUCGAAUCCUUAAAAGAUCUACAGACGACAAUGCCGAAAGUGCCAAAAAUAAUAAAUCAAAAGUUCAGGUACAACCACAGAAAACACUACAGCAGCGUGAGGCGGAAUAUAAAGAGGCUAGGUUGAGGAUUCUGGGAGAAGACUACUCCGGUGCUGCGGAGAACUGUAAUAACUCGGCAACAGUCCCUGAAUCAAGGCCGAUGAAAUUGAUCAAACAGACAGAAGAAAUGAAAUUACAGCCCAACAAAGUGCAGCUUCUACGAGAACCGAGGGGUCCUGAUGGUUCCGCAGGAUUUGAUCAAAACAGAUAGCAAAGACCUAGUUAUUGUUUCAUGAUUAAAGAAAUGGCUAAUUGUAUUGAUGAUUUGUCCAACAUCCGUCCUGAACAAACCUUAGUAUUCAGGAAAUGUUUGCUGAUAAGUCUAAAACAUAUUAUAAAAUCUGAGGAAUGAUUUUUUAAAUGAUUGCUGGCUUUCAGAAUUAAGAGAAAUAAUGUGAUUAUUGGUCACCAAUCUACAAGAUUUGUUUGUUUUUUUGUCAAAGCACACACAUUGUGACCAUUUAUUGCAGCUCUUAUGGCAAAUGGAACUAUUGAAUUACAAAUGUAUUUUAAUCAUAUAUAUCUAUAAAUGUAACACAUCGUAUAUUUUUUUUUUCAAAUUGAGCUUUAUAUGAAUUUCAAAAUAUUUAUUAACUCGGUUUUUCAAAUGUUUAAACUAACAAUGCUAUGUUUUAAAGGAUAAUAAUUUCCUAAAUUUUUAUCAGUUUUAAACAAUGCUAUAAAUAUGAUGUUAUUUGUAAAGUGAAAUCUGCUUUUAUUGGGAAUGUUAUAUUUUUUUUCCCCCAUUUAAUCACACAUGUGACAUUUUUUUUGGUUUUUCCACAUUUACCUCAUAUGUUUUACUUUGUUGUCUAUAUAAGUUAUAAUUAAUCAUCAGAAGUUUGAAUGUUGAAACAUACAUUUUGAUUGAUUUUGCUAUACUCAUUGAUUUAUGUACAAAAAUUACUUAAUUAUGUAUGCCUUAGUUAUAAAAUAGUUGACUACAGGUUUUAAUGCAUAGAGUGGAGAAUGGAUAGCAAGUUUUAUUUGAAGUAAGGACAUCCCAAUCUUACUUUGAUAAAAUACAAAGUAAAGGCAGGUCGCUUAUUUAAGCAUGUCGAUGAAGGGGCUUUAAAGUUGAUCGAGAUAGCUGUCAAAAGCAAGAAUAAUUAGAAGGAAUGAACCCUUAUCAGAUCUUGCUUCAUUUAAGAGCAAGCAAAAGGAGAAAGGUGGUUUUGCUUGAAUUUGAGCUUGAAAGCUGCUUAAACAAAGCAACAGGAAGUAGAAGCAAAAGAACCCAAUUUGCUUCAAUUGGAGGCAAGGAACUGCAAGAGAAGGAUGCUGCUGCCACUUUAAGUUGAAAAGCAAGAAAUGGUAAAAGCAAAUAAACCCAAUUUUGCUUUUAAAAGAUGGAAGGAUGGGCAAAAGGAGAUAGAUGCUGUUGCUUUCAGAUUCAAGGACAAUGACUUGCUUUGAAGGAAAGCAGGCACCUGUUUCAUUAAAGCAAUGCAAGGCAUAUGAUAUGGUUUUGAAGAGUUGAAUCUUGUUAUGGUAUGAAAGCAUGUAAGAUAUUGUGGAGAAGAGGAAAAGCAGUGUUGCUUAUAAGAGAAUGAGCAGAAUUCCGAACACUAGCGUGGACAAAGACAUGACGAAAAGGAGCAACAGUUAUGCCAAGCAGAAGAUGUGAUAUUUACCAGGAAUGGAACUAAACAUCUGUUUGAUUUCAAUAAUGGUAGGAUGGUU